UUAGUAAGCUAGAAUGGACCUCAUGAAUGUUUCUCGUAAUUCCAGGUGUUAAUGAGACGGAUUUUUAGCAUUUACCAUCAACUAAGUAGAAACAUAUCGGCAACAUGUUUGCGAAGUUUUGCACGAUAGUUCUGUUAGCAGGCUAUGUACUUGAUACGAACAGUUCAGGCGUCGGACUCAAGGUACCCAGCGAGGCCGGAUACAGACAAGCCAUUGACGUCUCGUUUGAUGGCGAGACCCCUAUGUACCUCGUAGAAAAAAACUUCAUCAGUUUCACGCUGGAUAGCUACGCCUUUCUAGAACACCUGAGGAAUUUUAACGUCACCGACGUGAAGUACCAGAAUGUAGCCCGUGGACUGAUUCCAGCUAUGCUGAGGGUUGGGGGUACAGAAGCAGACAAGCUAGUGUUCAGGUAUCCAGAUCGAGGCUUUCACGUCAUCACAGCUGAAGACUUUGACAAAGUGUGUGAAUUUACCAAAACAGUGGGAUGGAACAUGAGUUUUGACUUAAAUCUGCUCUACAGAAACAACAGCCAGUGGAACGCUAGUGACGCUCUAAUAAUUAUGAAUUACGCCACCAGCAAAGGUUAUGCAAUAGAUCUGGAGCUGGGAAAUGAACCGGACUUGUACAAGCAAACACAGCGCGUGGCUCCCGCCCAGAUCGGACGUGACUUCAUGAAGCUCCGGGAAAUAAUGAACUCCAUGCCUGCUUAUAAGGGGAGGCGACUCUUCGGGCCCUCAGUCAGCUCGGGGGCAGCUCACGUCUUCUUGGGAGAGUUUCUGCAAACCGGAUCUAGCGCCAUUGAUGCCGUCUCAGUUCAUCACUAUUACUGUGGUGGGAAAGAUCUUACUCCGUCCAUGAUGGUGGAUCCUAAUGUAUUAAACAGUAUCAACUAUACAAUAUCCGAAUCCAGGGCAACCAUUAAGGAAAACUCCAAGGGAACUCAAACACUUUGGCUGGCGGAAGCUGGCUUGGCCUGGAGUGCGUCUGCGCCUGACACUUCCGGAUUCAUUGCGGGAUUUAUGUGGAUGGACACUCUAGGAAUGUCAGCAUCCAAUAAUGUCACCUUAAUCGCCAGACAAACCUUUGGUAAUUUGGUCGGCGACAAUGCGACACCGACUCCAGAGUACUGGCUGACGUUCUUGUUCAAGAAGCUGGUUGGACAACGCGUGUUAAAGGUGUCCACAAAUGACAACAGUGGUUACUUCAGGAUCUACGCCCAUUGCUCCAUUGUAAACCUGAACGGCGUCCCGAUCAGCAUGGACGGCCUUGACCUUCCAGUGCUCAGUCCCUUCACCUCACAAACAUGGCCGGUCCCUGUCCCAGCAUUCUCCUACGGCUUUCUAGUAGUGCCGAAUGUUGAUGAGGGAGGGAAGGGAAGAUGUGGGAGGGAAGGGAGGAGGUGGGAGAGACAGAAAAGGAAGUUGAGGGAGAGAUGGGAAGGAAAGAUGGGAGAGAUGGAAAUGGAAAACGGUGGAGAAAUUGGAAGGGAAGAUGACGGAGAAAUGAAAAAGAGAGAUAAGGGAGAAAAAUGA